GAACUUUUAUUGAACUUUUAUCGUAGAUGAUUUAGAAAUCUAUAUUUUACAUAAUAGAGUUAGAUAAACUUUAUGAUAGAGUGAAACCUAAAAUAACACUUAAUUAAUGCUAUUUUGAAAAUUAAGUGAGCGGAAAGAUAAAAUCACUAAUUCCGCCAAUACUUAGCGAAAAAUUAUACUUAAGCGCCAAAUAAAUUAUGUAAGUGACUUCGUAAUGUUAUCAAAGACAUAUAAUAGCAUUUUUCUAAUGCUAAAAAAAACUAUUUGAACCUCUAAAUCCUAACAUGGUUUUAAACCCUAAACUCUAAAGACAACUCUUAAAAACUAUUUUCAUAUUAUAACUUUAAAUCUUAAAAUUAGACUCAAAAUUUAAUCUUCUUAAUCUUAAACUAUAAUUUCCUAAACACAAUCUUUAAUCAAACUCUAUAUCCUAAAUCAUAACUUCAAACAUAAACUAUACAUGCAAUACUCUAAGUAUAAACUUCAAAUCUAAAUUAUCAAAAAUUCUUUAGUUUUAUAACUAUAACUUGAUAAUUGAGUCUUAAUUAACAUUUAUAUUUAAUAAUUCAUUUUAACAUUUAUGACCCCUAAAUUAAAAAUCUAAAUUCCAAAUCCUAUAUCUAAACUCCAAACCCUAUUCCACAAACCCCAAAAUACUUUAAACCCUAUGUACUAUACCAUAAAUUUUAAAUCUACAGAGUAAAACUAAUAUUUUCCAACUUAAACUCCAAAUAUUUUGAUUGUUCUUUUGUAUGUUUCUUCCAGUGUAUUUGAAAAGACAGAAAUUUUGGUUCAGUUGAACCGUUUUAAAAAGGUAAAUAACAAAUCUAUUGGGGAUGGUGGCAACAGGUCUUACAGGCUUCAAUUGUUGAUGAUUUUAUAUUUGAUGGUGAUUGAGUUUUUGCUGCAAACUAUGGUUACUCCUAAAGUCAACAUAUAAUUAUAUGGAACUGUAAUCUAUUUGACUCUAUUAUCAAUAGAGCAAUAAAUAGUUGUUUUGUCUCGGUGGCUCUUAAUGUAGUAUUAAAAAGAGAAUGGCAAUAGUUCUCAAUUAAGUUUGAAGCGUAGUGUUUUGGAUUAAUACGAAUAUUAUCUCUCUUGAGAUUUAACUAUUUGAAAAGCAAAUAUGAAGUUUUAUAUGGAAAAUCUUUAGUCAUCCUUAGGCAAAAUAGACGUGUGUUAAUUUACUUUGGAUCACUGUUGGUGUAUCCCUUUUCUGUUUUUGUUUUGAUAGUUCUCAUUGUUUAGAAUUUGUUGCAAAUAAAAAAAAUUAUAUUGUUAAUGUGUCAAUAAAAACCUGGCAUUACGUGAAAAUAUUUUUUGUUUCCUAAAAUCCUAAAUAAAAUAGAUUUGUAAAGUAUUUUUUCCUUUUUUUAAUCUUGACCAAAUAAGAUUUAAAAAAAAAAGUCCUUACAAAAGAUAAUUGUAAAGUUCUAUUUAAUAGUAAUUUUCACUUUUAAAAUUUAAUGAUAGACAUGAUACUAAAAUUUAUCUAAUUAACAAAGAAAAAUUGUUAAAUUAGUUGUGAUAUUGAAAAAACGAAUUUUGAAAAUAGGAACUUCUAAAAAUAGUUAAUAUUAACUGGAAAUAAUUAUUUGAUAAUAAUUUUCUUUUUCUAAAUCCUAAAAAAAAUUAAAUUUUAAAAUAUUAUUUAAUAUUAAUUUUUUUUCUAAAACCCUAAAAAACUUUAAGAGAAUAUUUGAUAUAUUUUAAAAAAAUCAAAAACAAAAGAGAUUUUAUCAUAUUUUUAAGUUCUAACCAAAAUAAAAUUGUAAAAACUUAUUUGGUAAUGUUUUUAAGAGAUAAUUUGAUGAUUAACAUGAUACUAAACAUUACUCCCUCUGUUAAAAUUAGUUUAGAUACGAAUUGUAUAAACAAUAUUGUUUAAACUUAUUUAAUAUUAACUAGAAAUAAUUAUUUGAUAACAAUUUAUUUUUUCUAAAAUUUUAAAGAGAAGAUAAUUGUAAAAGGUUAUAUGAUAGUAAUUUUCCUUUCCUAAAAUCCUAUACAAAAAUAUAAAAGAGUAUUUAUAUAUAUAUAUAUGGGUUGUAUAUGAAAAGGAGCCCUUUUAAAAAAAAUCCAAACAAAAAUAAAAUUUAAAAUGAUUUAAUAAUAAUUUAAAAAAAAUCGAUGACAAGUAUGAUGUUAAAACUGUUUAAUUAACAAAAAUAAAAAAAUUAGGAUGUCGUCAUGAUUGCUAUUUAUAUGUGUUUGGUCAUAUGAAAAUCAUACACAUGUUUGAUAUAUAUUUUCAUGUUCAGUCAUAAGAAAUAUAUUAUUAUUAUUAUUGUGAGCGAAGUGAUUUUUUAUGCAUUUUGUCAAAAAAAUCAAGUUUCAUCGCUAUUUUAUUACAUUUUUUGUUUUUACAAUGUAAUAUUUUUCUACUUUAUUUUUAAUUAAAAUGUUCUUAUAGAAAUAUAUCAUUAAGAAAUAAUAAAUGAAGAAAAUUAUUAAGCAUGAGAUAAGUUUUAAUAAAAUGUUAAACUAUUACAUAAGAAAGUGUAUGAUGUUGUCAAUGACUCGAUUGACCUUAUUUAACUUUCAAUUUUGUUCAUUCUAAUUCUUAAUUAGGUUGGGUUGGAUUUAAAUUAAUAGGUAUGAGUGUUUUUUUCUAGCACUAAGUAGAAAGUUGAUAAAAAUUUAUCUAUGAACAUGAUUAUAAUAUACAAAUAUUAACUGAGAUUUAUGUGUAAAAAUGAAUUCUUAAUUAUAAAAUAAGUCUCACACAAUAUAUGUAAAAACAAUCCUAAAAAGGUAAAAAUUAUUUAUUACUUUUAUUUCUUUAUUAAAUUAAAACAUCAAACAAAAGCCGUUGCAACGCACGGGCUCAUGUCUAGUGUAAUAUAAGAUUGGGACCAUACGAAACCCACACUACGACAAUAGAGAGAGAGAGAGAGAGAGAGAGAGAGAGAGAGAGAGAGAGAGAGAGAGAGAGAGAGAGAGAGAGAGAGAGUUUAUGUGUGUCUAGAUAUAUAGUUCUCUAUUCUAAUGGGGUUUCUCACUCCCACCAUAUAUCUCUCUAUCUCUGUGAUCACUUCGGAAUGUCUAAUUUCAGACUCAGUUUUGGUUUGGAUUCAACUUCAUGAAAUUUGUUUCUUUUACAAAAAGUUGUAUUAAUCUAAAUCUCUGUUGGUGAUGUUUAUUCGAAUCAAAUGUUUUCGAGUACAUAAAGUACAAAGCGUUUGAUCUGAAAAAUCUAUUGGAAUCAUACAUAACUAGUAUUUAAGACCACCCGCAACGGUAUAUUUUGAGGGUCCUUAGCACAUAAUCCUAGACUAAUAAUCAUAAUAUCAUCAAUGUAAAAGACUCUUUAGAUCAUAUCAUAAUGUCACUUUAAUGUCACAUAUCUGAACAAAAUUUUAUAGUAAAUUCGCCCAAUGGGAUAGCUUUACUCCCUUUUUCUUUAUCAGCACCAAAUAACCUUUUUUGGUUCAAACAUGAUUAUUGGUUAUAUGAUUCUCAAUUUAUUUAGACUAGGUUUUGCUCAAUUCUGUUUUUGGUUCAGACAAAGUUAUGAUUCGGUUAACACUUUAUUUUUGUUUAAAAUGGUUCCGGUUUAAAUGUACAAUUUUUGAUUUCUUACGCUUUUGUUUAGCCAUUCUGGUUUGGUUAGGUUUAGCUGCCUAAAACUAAGAUAAUAUGUAGUCAACAAGAUUGACAUGAUGGCAACAAGAAGCCAACAACCUUCAGACACGUUGUGAUGAUAUAAAAGUAAAACCAAAGUUUGGGAGUUUCGACGGACUAAUCUUGUGUCAUUUGAAACAAUACAGUAUUAGACAGCGAUAUUUAAGGAACAUUCAAAAAGAUAAUAUUUAACGAUCAUUUUUAUGGGAACACAAAUGUUUAGAAUUAGUUUAGCUUUAAUAGCAGAAAAUAGAAAAAGGAAGUCAAUGAUAUUUUGGGGGAGCACAAACUAUAGAGAGGAGAAUCGACCCUAAAAGAAAAAGAAGAUAGUGGAAAGAAAAAUAUGCUAAAACUUGAUGGGCACGGCUAAUUAAAUGCGUUACUCUCUAUAUUAGUAGAAGUUAUGAAUUAGGGGUUUCUUCCUUUUUCAUUAAGAAUAUUCUAGUCAUCAUGUCUCUGCUUCUCAGUCGGCUCUGCUUUAGUAAAGCUGCGAGAGUACCUUUUCUUAUUCUCUCUAAUAGCUUCUCAUCUUCCUUGCUUCAAACCCCUCCUUGUGCCAUCAUCUCUGCUGAUUCUUGUGGACCGGAUAUGGGAAAACUGAUCAUUUCCAUUGCUAAUGAAACUGACGACACUUAUUUGGAUAAGAAAGUGCCUCUGGAGUUGAUGAAGAAAAUGGGAACGGUGGCUUCAUCAAAUGGCUGGGUAGCUACUCUCAAGGACGACGGCAUAUUGCGUCUCCAAGACGAUCUCAACCCUGUUGCGUCUGAUACAAACCCUAAACGCAUCCCUUUGCCUCCCCUUGAAACUCUGCCUCAUUGCCAAACCAAAAUCAUCACCAACGUGUCAUUGUCCUCAUCUUCCCCUGAGGAUGAAGACUGUGUGGUGGCCGUCAAGUUCUUAGGACCUCAGAUCAGCUUUUGCAGACCGGCUCAGAGCAACUCCGGGUGGACCAACGUCAGGAUCGAGAACCCCUGCUUCUACUCCUCACGAGUAAUGUUCUCCAAGAAAGAUGAAAUGUUUCUCAUGCCCGGCUCUGGAGGCCACCUCAUUGGAUCAUGGGAUCUCCGAAAACGCAAGCCUAAAACAAAGAUUAAGAGGUUGCGGUUACGAGACUUUCCCGAGCUGACCAAGACCAAACGGGAGAUUUUGCAUUCGUGCUGCAAGAGCGAGCACUUGGUGGAGUCACGAACCACGGAUGAGACUUUCUUGCUUAAGCAGUACAAGAAGGCCACCUCCAAAAUCGUCAAGGGUGUUGCACAAAUGAAAACAGAAGCUUUAAUGGUGUUCAAACUUGACCAACAAGGAAACGCUGUUUACACUAAUUGCAUUUGGGGUCUCUGCAUUUUCCUCUCAAAGGCUGAACCUUUCUGUACCCAUGCUGGCUCAUUUCCUGGUCUCAUCUUUAACGUCGUCCACUUAUUGGACGUCGACGAAACCGGCUCUGUCGGACUGUACAGUCCCUCCAUCCAUACUUGGAAUUCUACAUCCACCGUCCCUUACUUUAUUCCACCUCAAAAUAUAUUAGACUAGCGUAGCGUAACGUCCCAUACCAUAUAUAAUAAUAUUCUAUAUGACUUCGAGGAAAGGCUGAUAUUUUACUUAAUGUGUUCCCCUUCAAACAAUAGACUAGUAAGUACUUCAUUGUUUCGAUUUGAGUCUAGAGUCUGUCUUUUCGUUUAAAUCUUUCAAAUUUUAUCUCCGUUUUACAAUUGAUAUGCAUAUCUUCGGAAAAGUGUCAAUUUCGACCCCAACAAUUUAGGUCGUGCCAAAUACAACCCGAACAAUUGAUCGGUGCCAAAUACGACCUCAAUUCAAUUAUAAAUCGAAAAAAUUACUCAAACUUCUUAAAACGUGCUUAAAUCUACAUUGACUCUAAGUCUCUAACAUAAGUUAGUCAAUCGUUAACAAAAUAAAACAACGUCGUUUUGAUAUACGAGAAAAAGUGCCAAUUUCGACCCCAACACUCUCAGUCGUGCCAAAUAGGACACGAACAAAUAGUCAGUACCAAAACCGACCUCAACUUAAUUAUAAUUUAAGAAAAACUACCUGAACUUCUUAAAACGUGCAUAAAUCUACAUUGACAAUAACAUAAGUUAAUCAACCGUUAACAAGAUAAGACGACGUCGUUUUGAUAUAUAUAUCUAUACUAUUAAAGCAGAAUCCUCCUUAGGAUUAUGCCCCUGAAAUUUUCUAUUAAUUGCAAAACAUUCCAAGAACUUUUCAAUUGUUUUAAGGCUUUAUCGGAAAUUUAAAGCCCAUCACUUCUAUACUUUGGAUUUCGAAAUUAAGGCAUAUUUUUCGUAUUUACAGCCCAUUUAGUACUAUAAGAUUUUCAAUAUCAAAUCAAAUAAAGAGAAGAUCCCCAAUCUUGAGGAACACUAAGAAAAUAUAUGAGUUUGUUUGAAAAUCUCUCUAAUCUUUAAAUAUAGGGAGAUUCGAUUUUUCAAUUCGAGAUCCCCCAACUUUCUCUCCAAGUUUCUCCUAAAACCUAACACCUAGCUUUGGAUCCGAUCAAUAUUAUAAAUACGUUUCACCAGUUUCCUGUUCAAAACCAAACCUUCGAACAAACCAAAAAAUAAAGCAAUGGCUACUAAGAAAAUUGCACCUUUGAUGCAAAUCCAAGCAUCGAGAGGUCCUAAUGAACAAUCUGUCGUCUUCGGCGACUUGAAACCAUGGAAAAACACUUGGUUGGUUCAUGUAAAGGUUCUACACGCUUGAAAACAAUACAUUCAAUCUGUAGAUACCAUGGAAUUCGUCUUGGCUGAUGAGACUGUAAGCGUUCCUUACUGUAUUUAUCAGUCGAUUAUGUUUUAUUUAACAUUUUGGGAUUGGCUACUAAUAUUUCAAAUUCAUAUGGCUUUUGUUUUAGGGGCAAAAAAUUCAUGCAACAUGUAAAAGGACUUACAUUGAAAGUAAGGGAAGGAUUCUUACGGUUGGAGCAUGGCGCUACAUCCGGACUUUCCAGAUUACUCCUGCUGGUGGAGCUUAUCGAACCACAGAUCAUAC